UUGAUCAUUUAUUCCCUUCAGUUUUACAUUCCAACUGAUCUUCAACCAUACCAUUAAAUCUAACACAGUAAAAGUUAGAUCUCUUUUGACAGUUGUGAGCCACCCCACGUCCGGUUAUUCAAUUAAUAAUUUACAAUAUACAGUACUCUAGCCUGAUCUAAAUGUUAAUUUCUUUCUUUCUUUUUUGAAAGAAAAAAAGAAGUUAGUUUCUCUCUUUUGUAAAAGUGUGCUUAAUCGCAUUUAUUUGUACGUGUGGAAAAUAUGAGACACAACACCGCCUACUUGUUCCCCCUACUGGUUUAGUUUAUUGAAGCAAGCAAGUCAGGGGAGACUUGAUUAAGGACCAUUUAACAUCGAAGUUUACUAGGCCUAAUUAUUAUUUGGGUUUUUAAUGAGCCUUUUCUUUCUCCUCCACAAGCUAUCCUCUUAUUUGACUGAUAUUUCUUUUUUUUUUAUAAAGAAAUGAAAAUGGUUUAUGCAUGCACGUAUAUAAAUAGAGUUGUGUGAGGAACAUGCGUGCGCACCAUAUCCCACGUUAUCCGCUUUUUUUUUAUCAAAUCAUUGUUCAUAUAUACCUUCCAUUUAAAUCUUUAAUAUAUCGGCUAAUCUAUGUACAAUUUUAAACAAAAGUUAAAUAAUUACGAGGUAUUUUUCUUUAUAUUUGCCGGUUAAAAAUAGAACACACGGUAUUGGUGUUGAGAUGAAAGAAAAAGUCAAGGCUCCCCUACUUCUUCGAUUCAUCCAUUGCGACCAUCUUCAUCGCCUCUCUAACCACACAAACCACAAAGCCUAAUGUCUAAACGAAAACACAACACAUGAGUCUCUCUUUUCUUAACAAUUUUUAAGCUUUACGUAAAUAAUAAUACUAAUAAGCUAUGGAGAAGAACGACGACAAGGACCCUGAUCUUCAUCAUGAUGAUGAUCAUAAUGACAAAUCUAAGGAAGAGGAGAAAGGAGACACCGUUUCAGAUGAUGUCGAUGUUGAUAAAAAAGAAAAUGUCGAUGUUAGUAAUGCUGAGACAGAUCACGUCGAUCCAGGAGACAAUGCCGACAAGGUUAACUCACCAUUAGGACAGGAAGAAGCACCACCAGAGAUUCCUCAAACCAUCGAGUCCUUAUCCGAAGAGCUCGACCAGCUUCUCACGAGCCUCUCCCUUCACAAAGAGGAGCACAAAGACGUCACCGAGGAGGAGAAAGGAGAGGAUGGUAAUUAUUUUCAGAUCCCACAGUUCGUUGGCAAGUUCUUGGAUCUCUUCGAGGACAAACUCUCCAAACACGACACCGUCGACCCUAAAACGACGUGGUAUCAAGAUCCAGAGGAGGUCUCUUCUCUUCUCGAAGCUGUUGAUCGUGUCUCAAAGCUUAUGGAGCUGUUGCUCAACACCAAAUCUUGUUUGGACCAUCACGAGUCGUUGAUCAACCACGCUGGAUCGAUCCAGCAGCGUGCAAUGGCCUUCUUCGAAGACGAGUUCCGUGUCCUUUUAGAAGAGUCUGUGAUCAAGGAGCCUGCGGUGGUCACGGAGGAUCAACAAGAUCACCACAACGACUCGCAAGAUCAGGACAAUGUAAACAACGUUCCUGAAGGCGGCGAUGAGAAGAUUGAAUACCCUGGCUACUCGGAAGAGAUGGUUGUCUUGCUGAGGAAGAUAGUGGAGAGGAUGAAAGGAGCAGGGUACGGAUGCGAGUGCAAAGAGGCUUACUUGGUCGGGAGAAGGAACAUCUUGAUGCGUACGUUGAAACAAGAGUGUGAGUUUGAGAAAGUUAGCAUAGACGAGGUGCAGAAGAUGAGCUGGGGGGAGCUUGAGAGAGAGAUACCUAUCUGGAACAAGACUGUUAAAGACUGCUCCUCCCUCUUUUUCCCUGGGGAGCUCAAACUCGCGGAGAAGAUCUUCCCAGGGGACGAGGGGAGCUUGUUCAACAUCGUCACGCACGGGCUAGCCAUCCAGUUCUUGGGCUUCGCCGAGGCCGUGGCCAUGACCAGACGGUCCACCGAGAAGCUCUUCAAGAUCCUUGACAUCUACGAGACUCUUAGAGACGGCUUCCCAGCCAUUGAGGAGCUCUUCACUGAAGAGCUCCGCAGCGAGCUGAGGAGCGAGGUGACCAGCGCUCGCUCCCGCUUAGGAGAGACAGCUAUUAACAUAUUCUCGGAUCUCGAGAACUCUAUCAAAUCAGAUUCUAGCAAGACCCCUGUGCCAGGGGGCGCGGUGCACCCCCUCACCAGGUACACCAUGAACUACCUCAAGUACUCGUGCGAAUACAAAGGCACGUUGGAGCAAGUGUUCAAGUCUCACUCCAAGAUGGAGGAGGAGGAGUCUACGGAGAGAGCCUUUGCGAACCAGCUGAUGAGGAUCAUGGACCUGUUAGACGGGAACAUGGAGGCUAAGUCGAAGCUCUACAAAGACAUACCACUGAGCUGCAUCUUCAUGAUGAACAACGGGAGAUACAUAGUGCAGAAGAUCAAAGGCUCUGCAGAGAUACACGAGGUGAUGGGAGACACAUGGUGCAGGAAGAGGUCGUCCGAGCUGAGGACUUAUCACAAGAACUACCAGAGAGAGACGUGGGGGAAGCUGCUGGGAUUCUUGGGGCACGAGGGGCUGAUGCACAACAACAAGAUAGUGAAGCCUAAUUUGAAGGAGAGGUUCAAGAGCUUUAAUGCGACGUUCGACGAGAUACACAAGACGCAGACCACUUGGGUGGUUAAUGAUGAGCAGCUGCAGAGUGAGCUGAGGGUUUCUAUAACCGCGGUGAUGAUACCUGCCUAUAGGGCCUUCAUGGCUAGGUUUGGACAGUACUUGGAUCCUGGUCGUCAGACAGAGAAGUAUGUUAAGUACCAGCCUGAGGAUAUAGAGGAUCUCAUCGACCAGCUCUUUGAAGGCAACACUUCCUCCUCUUCAACCGCCACCGCCAAGCGAAGAACGUAGUAGCUUCUCUAUUUCUUUCUUGUUUUGCAAGGAACACUUUCUUCUUAUGAAUAAAAAAUUU